AUGAAGCAAACAUUAUGGAACCCCCAAAAGGACCAGUAUUCAGGUUUUGUUGAUCUUGGCAAUGAAAUUCCAAAUGUUCAGUGUGACAAACUGGCAUCUGAGGCAUUGGUUUUCCUCUUAGUUGGAACAAGAAGCCAUUGGAAAUGUCCAAUUGGAUACUUUCUAAUCGACAAAAUCUCAGCCAAAGACCAAGCGAUGUUGGUGUCAAAAUCCUUGGAAAAGGCUGCAAAGGCAGGUCUGAAGGUGUGGUCAGUGACAGCUGAUGGAACAGCAGUAAACCUCCGAACAUUCGAAAUACAUCAAAGAAUUACAGCAACUCCAACAACAGGAAGGACUUCAUCUUGCGAACAAACUCUCAAUGAAUCACCUUAA